AAGUCUCAGAAGAAACCAAACUAAAAAACAGAAUAUUAUUAUUUCUGGCUGUGUGUUGUUUGCGGUGGUUCAGGUGCUCUGCUCCACUUACCUUUAAUCUUCAAUCAAACAACGGUACUCUCUCAGGAAUAGAGAAUCAGAUAGGGAGCACAAUGCUCAGGUUAAUCGCUAGUUACCCUCUGAUUCCCAAGAAACCCCACCGGGUCUGUAACAAUAGCGGUAAGUUCGGGAGUUACUAUGAUUCUUCAUCGAUCGUCAGAUAUGGCGGAAUCGGCAACGAUGGUAAGAAGCAGCAGCUUCUUCUAAACGUUACAGUGAAAGCAGUGGAAGACAAAGGUAAUAAUGGAGGUGGAAGCAUGAGUUUCUCUGGACAAAGCUGGGAUCCUAGUUCCGAGAUUGAAGUUCCUUCAGACCAAAGGCCCGUGAAUGAGUAUUCGUCUUUGAAGGAAGGAAUGUUGUAUUCAUGGGGAGAAUUGGGUCCAAGCGAGUUCUUUAUUCGUCUCGGUGGUCUUUGGUUGGUCACUUUCACUGUUCUUGGAGUUCCUAUUGCAGCUGCUAGCUUUAAUCCUUCCAGAGAGCCUUUGAGAUUUGCUCUAGCUGCUGGGACUGGAACUUUAUUCCUGGUUUCAUUGAUUGUCUUGAGAAUUUACCUGGGAUGGAGCUACGUUGGAGAUAGACUACUUUCUGCAGUUAUACCAUAUGAAGAGAGUGGAUGGUAUGAUGGACAAAUGUGGGUCAAACCACCUGAGGUGUUGGCUCGCGACAGGUUGUUAGGCUCUUACAAGGUGAAGCCAGUAAUCAAGAUGCUCAAACAAACAUUAGUCGGAACAGGAGCUUUACUCGUGUCAGCAUUCGUACUAUUCGUAUUCGCAACACCAGUGGAGGACUUCUUUAAAACCACUCUGGGAGCCAAAGAUAACCAAACAGAAGUUUCCGUUUCAAGAACCAACAAUAAGUUCAAUAUGAGAAAAGAACAGUUGCUUCGGUUACCUGUAGAUGUUGUGACCGACGAUGAUCUGGCAGCGGCCGCGGCUGAGGCUGCUGAUGGAAGACCUGUCUAUUGCAGAGACCGUUACUACCGUGCGUUAGCCGGUGGUCAAUACUGCAAAUGGGAAGAUCUUGUUAAUAAAUAGUUGUCAAAAUAGAAUAAACAACACAACACACAACACAAGCUCGACGUAGGUUUUGAUUAAAAUGGCUUUAAUAAGCCUAAAGCUUAUCAUCAUCACUACUAAAUAGUUUAUCGAUACAGAUUAUUUAUGCAUUCGUCGGUUCGUUGACCA